AUGGCAGACAAGCCCCUCAAGCACAGCAAGAAGUCCAAGCGGUGCCUGCUGUGCGAGGCGCCGUUCUCUGGGGCGGCGGAGGGGGACCUGUGUCCCAGGUGCUCCCUGACCCCCCUGGCCCCCGUGCACACGGCAGAGCCCGGCAUGGAGAGCCGGUGGCGAGACACCAGGGCCCCUUCCCCUGCGGGGAGCUGCGGCUCCGGGGACGACACGCAGGGCCAGGAGCAAGAGGAGGACAAGGAGGAGUCAGGACAGCAGCUCUUGGCCGAGUGGGUAAGUCCCAAGUCUCUCUUGUUUUACUUUGCUUCUGUUUUAAUUUAAUUUCUACUUUUGUUUUUUGAGACCUCCAAUCUCAGCCAUGUUGGAGCGGCUUAUUAAGAAGGGGGUUGCCUCUGAACAUGUACAGAGUGCCGUUACCUCUGCCCAGAAAUGUGGCUAGUAAUUGGGAGAGUCGUGGAUUUCAUUAAGAGCCCACCCCCUGAUUGAAUCAGACCCUCCAAGUGCCCCCAUUUCCCAAGGGCAGUUCCGGAUUUACAGCAGCUAUCCCGGUUUCUGAUCUGAUCCCAGAAUGUCCCGCUUUUCCUUAGGAUUGCCCUAUUUUCUUCUGAGAAAUGUUGGAAGGGUAUGGAGUUAUGCAACCCCCAAGCUAAGGAGAUAAGUAACUACAGCUUUAGAAGGCACCGGAAGGCAGCAGGAAUUUUUAAAUGUUUUGUUUUUAUAUACUGUAUUUUUUGCUCUAUAAGACUCACUUUUUCCCUCCUAAAAAGGGGAAAUGUGUGUGCGUCUUAUGGAGCGAAUGCAGGCUGCACAGCUAUCCCAGAAGCCAGAACAGCAAGAGGGAUUGCUGCUUUCACUGCGCAGAGAUCCCUCUUGCUGUUCUGGCUUCUGAGGUUCAGAAUAUUUUUUUUCUUGUUUUCCUCCUCCAAAAACUAGGUGCCUCUUGUGGUCUGGUGCGUCUUAUAGAGCGAAAAAUACGGUAUGUUGGAAGCUGCCCAGAGUGACUGGGGCAAGAUGGGCAUGGGUCAGAUGGGCAGGGGAAUAACGAUGAUGAUGGUGGAUUUGGAUGCCCCUAUUUUCAUCAGAGAAAUGUUGUCGGGUAUGUUAGAUCAUUGGCGAUUCACCCAUUGCAAGCAUGUCCUAAGUGUUAGGCCUGGAUUCUAUUGAAAAAGCAUUCAGGCUCUGUAAGAUCCAAAUCUCCCUUUUUCCAGGACAGUUAUGAACUGCCUGAGGUCUACAAAUAAAGGGCAGAAUGCAGAAAUAAUUUUCAUACAUUAGCUGGAGCUGUUUGGUGGAGCUGUUUUGCUGAAUCAAUUUAGUCCCGUUUGCCAAAGGGCCACGGCUCUCCGGUGGAGCCCAUGGUGCAUGUGAAAGGUCCCAGGGUCAGGUCCUUUCCCCCACCGAUUAAAAAUGAUCCCUGUAAGCAGGUAGUGGAGGACCUCUCUCUCUACCUGAAGCCCUGAAGAUCUGCUAGCAGUCAGAGAAGACACCAGCACAGGGUAAGAUGUACAAAACAGACUGACCUGCUAUGAAGCAUUGACAUUUAAGUAGAUCUGUAUCUCUUUCACGCGCUAACCAAGGGUAUGCGAUAGAGCCAUUUAGCCAGAUUUUUAUUAUUACCUUAACUUGGGUAGUAUGUUCUGUUCCUCUGGAGUGCAGCUGUUGAUCCACUCUUUUUUAUAUUAAUAAGUGUGUAAGAAUUGCCUUCGGGACACGGGUCAGGAGUCCCUUUACCUUUAAGAAUUGCCAUAGCGUGCAGAAGCUGUGGUUUUUUAGCGAGCUCAAGGUCUUGGAAGGGUUACCACAGUUGCUAAGGCUGUUAUUUAAACUCCAUGCACCUAAACCAGAGCAUUAAGUUCCAUUGAACUUGGUGGGAUUUGCUUCUGAGCUGAGUUGCAUAGAUAGGGGCUGUGGUGUAAACAGACCCAGGGGCACAUUUACUAUGAAACUACAGACGCUUCAGCUUUAGACUCCCUAAUCCCAGAGGGGCCCCAGAAUCGACUUCAGUCCACAUUGCUUAGGUUUUGGGGGGUCUAGUAGACGAACGACUCAAACCCCCUUCUUCCUUUCGCUUCCUUCCUUCAAGGUUCCAUCCAUGCCACCCGAGCGUUCAUGUUCUUCUUUGUUGUAUAUAUUUCAACAACCCCAAAGUUUGCGAGUUAACAGCACAGGUGUUGUAAAGGUGUGGUGAUCUGCCGUGGAACAACCCUAUGGAAGAAGAUAACAGUGGUUACACAAACAUCAUUGCCGGUUGCAAAGGGAGCCCCAUGACAGCUUCAGGGCCCCCAAAAUGUAGGUCCACCACAGAACAGACCACAACCAAAGUAGAGUUGAGGAUGGUGCAUUUCAAAGUAAGAGGAAUAGGGAACAUCCUGUAAAUCAGCAGGAGGGUUGGUGAGCCUAGGUAGCAACACAGGGGGACUGUUAAUGGAAUCCUACAUUUUAGUACCUCUUUGCUUCUCCUUGCCUUUUGUCUCAUACCUUUUUGGGAGAUGUUGUUGUUGUUUGGUCAUUUAGUCGUGUCCGACUCUUCGUGACCCCCUGGACCAGAGCACGCCAGGCACUCCUGUCUUCCACUGCCUUCCGCAGUUUGGUCAAACUCAUGCUGGUAGCUUCGAGAACACUGUCCCACCAUCUCAUCCUCUGUCGUCCCCUUCUCCUUGUGCCCUCCAUCUUUCCCAACUAUCCAGGGUCUUUCCUAGGAGUCUUCCUUCUCAUAGAGGUGGCCAAAAGUAUUGGAACCUCAGCUGGCUCCAGAGCCUCAGUUGAUCCUUCUCCUCAGUCAUGGUCCAGCUCUAUCCCCAUCUACUUGGAAAUAAAUCUCAUUGAAUGUAAUGGGGCCUAUUUGUUUACUGUACAGUGGUACCUCGGGUUACAGAGGCUUCAGGUUACAGACUCCGCUAACCCAGAAAUAGUGCUUCAGGUUAAGAACUUUGCUUCAGUAUGAGAACAGAAAUCGUGCUCCGGCGGCGCGGCGGCAGCAGGAGGCCCCAUUAGCUAAAGUGGUGCUUCAGGUUAAGAACAGUUUCAGGUUAAGAACGGACCUCCGGAACAAAUUAAGUACUUAACCCGAGGUACCACUGUAUUUUCAGACCAUUACUGUCUCCCAAAGUGGCUCACAUCAGAGGGACAUAGGCUGCAUACACAUGAUACCUUGAAAGCACAUUUUGCCCCUCAAAGAAUUCUGGGCACUGUAGUUUCUGGAAGGCUACUGGGCAUGGUAACUUUGGAAGGGGUAAACUACAGAGCCCAGAUUUCUCUGAGGGGGAAUGUGUGCUUCGAAUGUGCUUUAAGCGUAGAGUGUGUACACAGCCAAAGAGACCUUGCCUUCGGGCUUGAAAACGACAAGAGUGAUAUAAGGGAAGCAGAGGACAGGAAAAAGGUAGAGAAGGGAAAGCAAGGCCAAAACCCAUUCUAAGAACAUGUGUAUAGCAUUGCAUUGCACUGUACUGUAAGUUACAAAUUAAGAAGACAAUUCCUCAAUUUUUCCUUCCGUCAGAAAUUAACCAGAUGUCCCUAGGCAAAUUUACUUAAAAUGUAUAGCCCGCCAUGCCUCUGGUAUUCAGUGGAGGUAGCAUUAGAUUUAAAAACUGCAUCCACAUGACUGCAAAGUGGAAACUGAACAAUGCUACGCAUUGUUAGCAUUACACAAUGAAAGAUCACUACAGUACUGUAUUGUAACAACAACGCACUGAUAUCUUAAUAUUAUGCAGUUAGUCUCAAGAGCACGGCUUUUAACCACAGUGGCACAAUGCAAUAUUUGUUUUAGGAGAAUGUUUAAUUAUGCACUGCUGUGCUGCUACGGUUUCGAAAAGCUAGGCAAACAGCAGCAUAUUACUGUAGGACUCCGUAAUGCAAAGUAUGGCCAGCAUCCCCAAAAUCCUCCAAUGAAGGGCGGUACAGUGGUACCUCAGGUUACAUAUGCUUCAGGUUACAGACUCCGCUAACCCAGAAAUAGUGCUUCAGGUUAAGAACUUUGCUUCAGGAUGAGAACAGAAAUUGUGCUCUGGUGGAGCGGUGGCAGUGGGAGGCCUCAUUAGCUAAAGUGAUGCUUCAGGUUAAGAACAGUUUCAGGUUAAGAAUGGACCUCCGGAACGAAUUAAGUACUUAACCCGAGGUACCACUGUAUAGAAAUUUAAUAAAUAAAUAAAUAAAUAAAUAGGGUGCCCAGAAGGGUCUCACCACACAACCACAGACGUAAAACUACAGGCCUAGAAUUCUUUGAGGUGAGGGGGAAGAAUGUGCUUUAAAGGCAUGUGUGUACUCAGCCCUAAAAUAUGAGAGAAUGGGAUGGGGGCUGAAUGCUAAGACUAAGCUUUGGGCCUGGUGGCAAGGUUUAUUUGCGACACCUACAACAUCCCUUUAUUAUUAAUAAUAUCAUUACUAUUUAUUGACUGUCCUUUUAUAUUGCCUAAGGCAGCCGAAAGUGGCUUACGAGCACAUGUGUAUGCCUACAGAUCAUAGAGUCGGAAGGGACCCUGAGGGUCAUCUAGCCCAAACCGCUAGGGUCAUAGGAGGAAUCUUUUUGCCCAAUUCUGGGCUCGAACCCAUGGAUUAAGAGUCCUGUGGUCUGCUGACUGGGCUAUCAAGGCAAAAUACGGCGGAGAGGGAGGGAGAACAGGCCCAAGCCCCCGCCAAGCACAAGGCCGCAAAAGGUCUGUCGCUUUCCUAGUGGGACUGGGUAUGGAUUGCUGUCCGUAGGGCGUAGGAGGCUCUUCAUCUCAAGAGUCGUGGGUUUGAGACCCGCGUUGGGCAAAAAAUGGCCAGGGUGGGGUGGGGUUGGACUAGAUCAGGCACCCCCAAACACAGCUGUCAACUUUUCCCUUUUCUUGCGAGGAAUCCUAUUCGGAAUAAGGGAAUCUCCCUUUUAAAAAGGGAAAAGUUGACAGCUAUGCCCCCAAACUUGGCCCUCCAGAUGUUUUGGGACUCCCAUCAUCCCUAGCUAACAGGACCAGUAGUCAGGGAUGUUGGAAAUUCUAGCCCCAAAACAUCUGGAGGGCCGAGUUUGGGGGUGCCUUGACUAGACGACCCCCGGGGGUCCCUUCCGACUCUAUCAUGCUAUAUUAUGCUUCUAUUUCUCCCAUCCCCGGAACCUUCCGCGUCUGGGUGGCGGUUUCCGGGAGGAGCAGCAGAGAGAGGCGGACCGUUUCGGCCGGUCCGUCGCCGGGAGGGUCCGGCCGGAAACACUUCCGGCUCGGCCCCGUUGGCGCUGCGCGAAGGGGAGCCGGAGAGCGGAGACCGAGGGAGGCAGGCGGGUAGGUCGGGGCCGCGCCGGUCGGGGCCGGGGGUCAUGGCAUUGAGGAGGGGGCUCGUGUGAGUGCUUGGCCCGGGCGAGGCCCCCCUGACUCCCUCCUGGAGGGGAAAAGGGGGGUCCUAAAUCCCUUCCCCCCCCCCAAAGAGAGGGUGGCCUCCCCAGCCUGGUGAUACCUCUCGCCCGAAAGGGAAGGCGGUGGGGCUGGUUGUGGGCGGGGGGAAUACAGGAGGGGAGGGCGGCGUUGCUGGGUUUUCUUGGGGGGUGCGAUCCCCCCAAAAAUCUGGUGCUGGAGUGACUUCAGAGCAACCCAUCGCAAUCUCUCGCAGCCCUAAAUAGGGUUGCCAAAUUUAGGAGAGAGAGAGAGAGGGGACGCUAUGACGGCCCUUCAAAGGAAAUAAAGGCAGUUUAUUUAACCCCUGAAGAAGAGGACAUGUCUUGGAUAAAGAGGACACACGGCAGCCCCCAGCAAGAGGGUCCCUCUGGGGCUUGUGGCACAUGCAUGUGCGCACAUGCGGAUUUAUAAAUCUGUCUGCGCUUAGCUGCCCAGAGCUUCAGUGCAUGGUAUUUUGCCAUGUAUUGUGUUUUUGAUUGUAUUGUGUUUUUAAUAUUCGGUUGGGAGCAAUCCAGAGUGGCUGGGGAAACCCAGCCAGAUGGGUGGGGUAUAAAUAAUAAAUUAUUAUUAUUAUUAUUAUUAUUAGACACACCCUUUUAAGCACAAGCGUUUGGAGAGGACCCGAGAGACAGGUCAAAGCUGUAUCGACGUGGCAUUUUGCAUUGAAACACGGGGCAGUCCUGUAUGUACAGGAUAGGCGGAUGCAAGCGUCUGGUUGUAAGCAUUGGCGUUGACAGGGCUUGGGACAGGGUUGCGAUGCGCCUUGGGGGGGUUGAGGAGGUGCUGCUCUGCACCUUGGUGGGGACCACGACCAUUAUGGGAAAGUGACCCCAGGGGUCUGUGUGGGAAGGGGAGGAGGGCUAGGCAAUUAGCCCUGCUUUAAGAGAAUCUUGUACAAAUAUUGGGGGGGGGGGGGGGUAGCCAGGAGUGUGUUUUUUAAAACAGAAAUACAGACGGAAUGGGAAUUUUGUAUGUAUUUCUUUAUUAAACCUAUUAGGCUUUUGUCACUAGGCCUCCCAGCGACUUACAUUAAAUAAAAAUAUAUGCACAUAAAUAAUACCAUAGAAAAAGGUGGGGUGUUAUAUAAUAUUUCCGGAUUCCCUCAGAAGGUGAUGGACUCUCCUUCAUUGGAGGUUUUUAAAUUGGAUGGACAUCAAGUGAGGAUUCUUCAGCUGUGAUUCCUGCAUUUCAGGGGGUUGGACUAGAUGACCCUCAGAGUCCCUUCCAGCUCUACAAUUCUAUGAUUCUAUGGUAACAUGCAACAUAUGUAAAAACAAAAGCCCAAUGAACAGUAAUAAGCAAUACUAGCCAUUAGAAAUGGGUAUUGUGUUUGCUCAGCUUGAAGCAGUGCCUUGGGGUGUGGGGGAGAGACUUAUUGGAAAUGCAAAAGGCUGAUGGUGGUGUUUGGUGGUUAGGGGGAUUCCCCCUCUCCCCAAGGAACAGCGUAUUCAGCUCUGCCGUGUAAAUGCUUACAGAUUUGGUAUGUAUCAGUGUCACGGUAUGACAUUGAAGGUUUGACAGGCAUUUAGGAUGAGCUGUGUGAAGUGCUUUUUGAAGGAAGGUAGUCACUGUUCAACAGGGACGCAGGUGGCGCUGUGGGUAAAACCUCAGCGCCUAGGACUUGCCAAUUGUAUGGUUGGCGGUUCGAAUCCCCGCGGCGGGGUGAGCUCCCGUCGUUCGGUCCCAGCUCCUGCCCACCUAGCAGUUCGAAAGCACCCCCAAGUGCAAGUAGAUAAAUAGGUACCGCUUUAUAGCGGGAAGGUAACGGCGUUUCCGUGCGCUGCGCUGGUGCUGGCUCGCCAGAGCAGCUUCGUCACGCUGGCCACGUGACCCGGAAGUGUCUUCGGACAGCGCUGGCUCCCGGCCUCUCAAGCGAGAUGAGCACGCAACCCCAGAGUCGGACACGACUGGCCUUACGGGCAGGGGUACCUUUACCUUUAGCCACUGUUCAGACUGUGAACUGCAUGAGAUGUUUCUUAGGUGCAGUGACUGUAGGGAGGAGGCAGCAGGAUUGCAGCAGUCCCAAAUAAGUUCAUAUCUACAUCUCUAUCGUGCUGCCACAAUAGUAGCCCUUGUCCAAGAUCUAUUUUGCUGUUCUAAGUGUGGGGUUUUUUCUGCCUUGGGCUUUCUUUGCAAUGGUCUCAAAUUAGUUUUGUGGGGAGACCGCGGUAUAAUUUAGAUCUUGCAGCACUUAUGUCGACAUCUUUGUGCUUCUAUAUCCAUUGCCUUUAUGAGAGCCGAACCUCUGAGGUAGCAAGAAAUGAUGACAAAAGGUUCUGUGGCAAUAAAUUUUAAUGAUAUAUUAUGGCAUUAGCUUUUGGGGAUCAGAGUCGCCUUUAUCAGAUGUGUGAAGUGAUAACUUCAAUGGGUGGGUGAAUAUACUCUUGGGUUGAGAGGGAAUGCAUUACAGGCCAAGGCCAAAAGGCAAAGAAAAUGCAAGAUGGAAUGGUCUGUGUGUCACAUGGAAAGCCUGUGGGAGAGCGGGUUAGAUAUCAUAUGCCAGGCAUGUCCAACAGGUCGAUCGCGAUCUGCUGGUCGAUCACGUGGUGUUCCUGGUCCAACCUCUUCCUACUGCCCACACUGUCUCCUUCCAGUGUUUAUUUCUUUCAACAGCUGCAGAAUAGUUCAGUGAGUGCUCACCUGCUAAGUUGCUUUGCAUGUUUUCCUUCCCUCACCACCUCCCACUAUACAGUGGUGCCUCGCAAGACGAAAUUAAUUUGUUCUGCGAGUUUUUUCGUCUUGCGAGUUUUUUCGUCUUGCGAAGCACGGUUUCAAUUUUUUCAAAAAAAUCUUCAAAAACCUCAAAAAAGGCUACCACACCGCGUGCUAUGAGUUGCUCCCCGAAGUCAAGUCGCAACUGCACCUCUUCAAGCAAUGCACCCUGUAUUACUGUAACAGUUUUAAGAAAAAGGAAACAAACUUGCAAGACGUUUCCGUCUUGGGAAGCAAGCCCAUAGGGAAAUUCGUCUCGCGAAGCAACUCAAAAAACCAAAAAUCUUUCGUCUUGCGAGUUUCUCGUCUUGCGAGGCAUUCGUCUUGCGAGGUACCACUGUAAUGCAUAAAACAUUAGCCUACACUUUUCCAUUUCACCACCGCACAAUCAUAGAGGUAAAUCUCUAUGGACACAAUUUUCUCUUCUAGUCCCUUGAACUGUUUCUGAAACAGCUUGUGGGAGGAAGGCAUGCAGAGACGGAAGCAGUUCAGCAAGUGAAGGACAAAGGCUGCUGCUGUCUCUCUUCUCCCCACCCAUCUGAGUUGCUCUGGAAACUACAGGGAGAAGUGUCACCAGAGAAGCAGUGGCUCGAUGACAACCACUUUGUGACUAAGAGGCUUGAACCCUUCUAUCCUUAGUUGCAAAAUCCAUUCCUGAGCCCAGGCUCUCAGAAGUAAAGUGUCUGUCCCUCAUGACUCACUGUGCUGGGUCAAAGCAGAGACCUUGCAAGGCAAAGCCAGUCAGUGCCUCAGAAAAAGAAAGCAACACAUUCCUGUAAAGGAGUGAGUAUUCACAUUGGUCUGCAACAGCAAAAAGUAGACAUCUUGAGAAGAGAGAGUAACCCAGAUCAAAGUCUCCUUUGUUUUUAUUUUUCUUUGUUGGACUAUGCUGGCCAUUGGACUGCCAUUGGAGCAUUCCAGCCCUAUAAUUAUAUUACCCUUGCAAAUAAUUUUAUAGGGAGUGAUGACACACACACACAUCCCUACUUCCACCCCAACAGUUAUGUAGUUCACCUUUCUGAUUUUCUUCCAUCUUUAAAGGGCUGCACCAUAUGUGGUGCUGCUGAAAUUUGCAGCUUGGGCAAUUGCAUCAUGGCAGUUGCAACCUGUUCCAGAUGAGUAGCGCAUUUAGUAUCUUAAGUCGCAUCAGCUUCUCCUCUGGAUGAAAAAAACAACCCAGAAAGGCGGUGACAUGAGUUUCAAAUGCAAAUAUAUCCCCAAACUUGUGAUCACAGCAUAAGGUUUACAUUAUCAAGCACAAAUCACAGCUGCAAGGAGAUUAUUUUUGGAGACGAGUGCCCUAAAUGAAUGCGCAUUCCCUUUAGACCUCAAAACCUGAUCAUCCUAUAAUUGCGCGGCUGCAGUUGCUGAAUGCUCCAAUUGUUUUAAUUGUGACGUGGAUAUUGUGCUGCUUGCCACAGAAUAUAGCCAUGCUUGGACAACUGCCAAGGAAGUAUAAGGGCGUGGAGCUCGUGGUGGUCAGAACGACCUGAAUUAAAAGCCUGGUUGCUUCUUUGUGUUGACUGUCCUGAAAUUCUUCCUGGUGUUGCAGAGGGAAGGUUUAGUUUGCUUUUGCUGUGGUUUUUGUGUUAAAUAGAACACAAAGAAUGGCAAGCACCUGCAGAAACCAGUUUGGAGAAUCUUGCCCAUUAACCAUAAGAUGAAUGUAAAUGAAUAAGUUCUUUGCCUACAUCAGCAAAGGAGAACCUGUAGCCCUGCAGAUGCUGUUAAAACUCUUGUUAUCACCUAUCCCUGCCAGCAUGACUACUAGUCAGGGAAAAGGAGAGACAGGGAAGGGGGAUCAUAGCCAUUGAUAGCCUUAUUCCCCAUGAAUUUGUCUAGUCUUUUAAAGCCAGGGUAGAGGUCAUCGCUGCAUCUUCAUAUCCACAUCUAUAAGACCGUUCUAGAUGGGAGUCUCGUGUUUAUUUAUUUCAUGUUUGAAUCGUUCCACAUAAAAUAUCCCAGAGGGAUUUAACAAUAAAAACAAGUUCAAGUCCAGCAUAGAUAGCCUGGGAUGAAAAUCUGCACUUAAAAGACUUAGUGAAAAAGGAAGGUCUUCAGUAUGUGCCCAAAAUAUAAUAGAGACAGGGCUUCUCUGAUAUGCGAGACAUGGGAAGGGAUGGAGACUUUGAGGCAUUCUAAACAUUUGUUUAUUGGGAGAGGUGAUGACAUUGAGUAAGGAUUUUCUUCGGGGUGAGGAUGUAUUAAAAUGUUGCUAUAUUAUUUGUCUUUACUUGCCUUAACUAUAUCCAGUUCUAGGCAUUUAUUGGAAAAAGAAAUACUCUUUCUUGCCUUGGGAAUUUCUCCAGCGAACAGCUGGCGGAAUGCAAGAUUUGGGUGUGGAUUUGCUCAGCAGGCGUGUGAGUCAGCGAAAGAAGCAUUACAGUAUUGGCAGCAAAUCAUCGUGCCUGGCACUGCGCGGGUGAGCUGAUAACUUAGAAAUGCAGAACUACCCUGUCUCAGUCUCAGCACUGGAACUGGAAGCUCUGCAGGGUAUGCAGAUUUUGGGGUUUGACUCUCCUACCUCUGCAAUUAGGUAUUUGGAUAAAGUUCACUUCUGCCCCCAUGAAACCUCUCUCCAGGCAACUGCUUGUAGGCAUUUUCCAGAGGGUCUACUUCAUCUUUCACCUCCUACUGAUAAGUAGCAAGAUUUUUCCACCAGGCUCCCUCUGCUUCCUUUAUCUGAACCAGAUCCUUUCCAACCUACUUUGCGUGAAAAGGCGAGUUAUUUCCUCAUUCCAUUGCUUUGUUGAUACUUUGCCCAGAAUGCGGGAUUAUCAGGCAUUGUUAACAGCGUGCAAUUUUUUUCUGGGUGUCAAAACCCACCCUCAGUGCAAAGACCAGCAAACUUUCACUCACUUUGAAAGUUUUGAAACCCGUGGCAAGCAUUCUUUAGCAAUACAAGAAAACAUUCCUUUUAUUCCGGACCCGUGAAAGGUCUGCACGGGUUCUGCUUUUCAGCCUGGAACUAGUUUCUGCCUCUUGUCUUUCAAACCUCCUGUUUCCCUCUGUUCCAAGGUGUGCAAAGCUCUGCUCUUUUCCAGAUAUGUUGGGCUUCACUCCAGAAGCAUGGACAAAGCCCAUGGAUUCCAUCUAGUCUAUUUACUCUUGCAUCCCACUUGGUAUGAAAUGUUGGGGCUCUGUGGUGUACAUUGGCUUUCAGCAGCUCUCCAGGGUUUCAGGUAGGAGUCGUCCCCCCCCCCCCCCGGCAGUGUUAGAAAUGUAUAUACUGUAUAUAAGCUAUCUAGGUGCCAAAUGGCUCCUCAAACCAAGGUUACAGUCACUAAAAUGGAAUUUCUAGUUGGCAUUUUGGGGCAAGACGGCUCUAAAGUUUUAUUUUUCAAAUGAUGAACCUACUGUGAAUCAUUCUCAGUUAAACAUCUGGCUAGCUCAGAUGACAACCUUGAGGUAAGUUAAGAGCUCUGAGAACUUAAAGAAGAAAAGUCACUUUAUCUCGGGACAGUCCAUAUCAUGGGUAGGCAAACUACGGCCUGGGGCCAGAUCCGGCCCAAUCGCCUUCUCAGUCCGGCCCGCAGACGGUCCGGGAAUCAGCAUGUUUUUACAUGAGUAGAAUGUGUCCUUUUAUUUAAAAUGUAUCUCUGGGUUAUUUGUGGGGGCUGCCUGGUGUUUUUACAUGAAUAGAAUGUGUGCUUUUAUUUAAAAUGCAUCUCUGGGUUAUUUGUAGGGCAUAGGAAUUUGUUCAUUUCCCCCCAAAAAAUAUACCCCAGCCCCCCCCCCCAAGGUCUGAGGGACAGUGGACCGGCCCCCUGCUGAAAAAGUUUGCUCGCCCCUGGUCCGUGUGUGUAUAUAUAUAUAUAUAUAUAUAUAUAUAUAUAUACAUAUAUAUAUAGGCCUAUUCCGACCUCUUUUACUUAAUGGUGACUGCUCCUGCUCAGGCUGCACAGAAAAAGCAUUUUGGUUCCAGAAAUUCAUUCUGAUUGUGCAGAUAAAAUACAACUUAUAGAAUUCUACAGGGUGGGGCAUUAGUGUGUGAAAACAGUCAAGAUCCAAUGAUCCCCAGGCAUGCACCUCCAUAAGGUGGAGAUGUCGGGUGCCAUCCUGGUGCCCAAACAUCUUCAUUUGGUUGCAAGUAGCCAAGUAGCAGAUGCUCUACCACCAAGCUAUGGUCCAGUGAGGAGUGUGGCCAUUUCUGGUGACCAGGCAGAGAGAGCCUGAGGUUCCCUGAUCCCUGUCUCAUAAAGUGAGGAAUGCAGGGGGUGGUUGUGUCACAGUCCCAUACAGAGCACCGUAAACAUGAGAUCCAGCAAAAAGAAGUUGGCGUGGGUGUGAACCGGUUCCCAAGUGGUUAAUGUACUGGCAAAACAAGUUAAGUGGUAUACAUUAAACACCUUAAAGAGAGCCGGGAUGGGCCAAGGCAGAGCGAGACGAGCCAGGCUUGUCGUUCCUGUGUUCUUGUAUUUAGCCUCACAAAAAACCCUGUGUGCUGGUUUUACGAGAGACCCAUUUUGGGAAUAUUCUAAAGACGUUUCCUCUGUAAGUUAAAGAGAAAGCGUACAAAAUUUAGCAGUGCCUCUAAGGUCAGGGCGAAACCUUCUAUACAAAUAUUCUGCUGUUGAAUUGGCGUGGUUUAGUAUUCAGAUUUGCACCACUGUUUCAGAAAUAAAUAUUUGAAGACAUAUAAAUGGAAAACUGGAUUUAAAUCAGUUAAUUGGCCUUUUUUCCACUGCUGACUUAAAUAGUCAGCAUAACUGUUGAUAUUAUAUUGCUUGGAGUUAACUCAAUCUUGGGCUACUGCUGAAAACAGAAUGCUGGGCUUAGAGGGGCGAUCUGGUUCUGCAACAAUCUGCAUAAGAUUCUUGGGCCCAUUCUCCUUAUGACUGAGGUUGGGAGGGUGGCACUGCCAACUUCUGCAGUCGGGGAGUUAACACCUCUUCUGGGUUUUUAACUGAAGCUGAACUCUUGAUUAUCAGGAUGCAGCGUGUCUUGACUGAUACUGGUCUGGUUCAGACGUAACACUAAGCCACUGUUUUUUAAGUUACGGUUUAUUAAAGCAUGACUUAGCAUUACGUGUGAACUCUGCCCAGCAGCUCAACUAUGGUUUGUUUAUUGCCAACAAACCAUGAUCUGAAGCUAUGAUUUAUUGUUGGCUUGUUUUGUUUUAACCUGCAGAUCCUUGACCUUGGUUUGUUCAUCCACCCCACGCAAGCCAUUGUUUGAUCCUGGCAUAACCCAUUGUUAAUUCAUGGUUUGUUGCAUUAUUUGAUGUUAACCAGGCUAUUGUAAGUUAUGCAUAGUAAGGAAUGCAGGAUUCAAAUGCCCUCAGGCAAUAGGGUCACAGGGCUAUUAGCCUUUCCUAUCUAAAACAAUGGUGUGCCUGCAUCAGUUUCUGGUUUUGCCUCUUCCCAACAGCUCACUGCAGAACUUUUGCACAAAAUGAGACAUGUAAUGAGCAGCUCAUGGUUAUACGAGGCAGGGAAAUUUCUGCCAACAGAAUCCAGAAGGAGGAAAUGGUUGCAUCUCCUCAGUUUGGAAGUGCUGUUAGGAGACUGAGCUAAUAGCCUCCAAUAGCCCUCUCCUCUAUGUGUUUGUCUAAUCCUUUUUUAAAGCCAUCCAAGUUGGUGGCCGUCACAGCCCCUUCUGGAAGCGAGUUCCCUAGUCUGACUAUGCGCUGCAUAAUGAAGUACAGUGGUACCUUGGUUCUCGAACUUAAUCCGUUCUGGGAGUCCUUUCGACUCCUGAAACCUUUCAAAAACCAAGGCGCAGCUUCUGAUUGACUGCAGGAGCUUCCUGCACUCAAACAGAAGCCAUGGAAGCUGCGGUGGACAUUCGGCUUCUGAAAAAGGUUCGCAAACUGGAACACUUAUUUCCAAGUUUGCGACGUGCGGGAGCCAAUUUGUUCGGCAACUAAGCCAUUCGGGAACCAAUGUACCACUGUGCUUUCUUUUACCUCUCCUAAAUCUUUCAACAACUAAUCUUCCAACUUCUGUUCUUUAUUUCUUUAUUUUUUAAAAAACAAUUUUCAUUGGUUUUUAAACAAAUACAAUAACCAUUAAACACUUAUCCAGCAGUAUAGCUAACGAUGUUUGUUUGAUCCAUUGUCUCUGGGCAUACGGUCAACAUUCAAGCAGGUUACUUAGCAUAACCUCUCCACUGAGAUUACUGAGCAGUUGGUGUAAGAAGGUCUUGAUUUUAGCCAUUCACAUAGUUCAAGAAAGGGCUCCACGUUUCUUGGAAGCUGCCUCUAUCUGUUAUGCCUUUAAUUGUCCUCCUGUGUCUGGUGAGACACUCAGACAUUGCUGCAUCCCAGAUACUAUUUCCCCAUAACUUGAGGGGCAUUUCAGUCUGGUUCUUCCAUUGCUGAGCUACCGCUAAUCGUGCUGCGGUCAGCAAGAAACCUGCUAAUUCACUGUGGUCCCAAUGUUCCUAUGUAGAAUAGAGUCUAUGGAAGCCCCCAGCGAGUCCUGCAACUGCAGAGGAAGCUGAAAAGGUUGUGCCAUGUCGCUGGGACCUUUGGAAGAGACAGGUCCUUGGCUCAUUUUGGUUAAGUUCUCUGCUUUGUAUCCGUCCCGUCCCCCAACAGCUCAAUCUUUUGCCCACUACUUUUAACCGAGUGCUAAAAUAAGCCCUGCCACUGAGUUCUCUCUCUCCACACUUCUCUCUCUGUUCUUGCAUUCCUGCUGGGUCAUGGGAGAAAGACCUUCCUGGCUGCCAGCUGGUUUUUACUGCCCUCUUGUCACUAUGGCAGAUAAGAGGCGGCUCAGAGGAGGACUCAAAACAUUCCCACCUUGACCCUCUUCCGCUAGAAAGACUGCUGGCUGUUGGCAGCUCAGAGGAUCUGCUCCUCUGAUCAACCCGCUACACACAGAGUCCUUUUCUGACUGCUGGUUCCCCUCACCCUUCUUCUUUUUAUUAUUUUAUUUUUAAAAACAACCACGCCUCAUUCGCUCCCGCAGGUCUUUCCAGCUGAGCUGCCAGACGCAAUUCACGGGAUGGAACCCCAGGGCUCAGCCAGGCUGAACUCCAGGAAAAGGAGAAAAGAAGGGGUGGGCCCCAACGGGGCAGCCGAAGCGGAUGGCAUCCCCUCCAAAAUGCCACGGAACUGCUUGGUAAGUAAAAGAAAAAUGGACAAUUCUGGCAGGAAGUUUCUGCUUAAUGUUUAACUUAAUGACGCAUGCUGAGCUCCAGCCCUUUCGGAGCCAAAAGCAACCCUCCUUGGCUAACUUAAUACUUACCAAGGAUAGAUUUUAAAGAAGGGUUUUUUAAAAAUAAAAAUAAUAAAGCAAUAUCAGAGUUGUGGGCGUUGCUGUUUUGCUUCCUGCUUCUUUUAACAGCCAGGGCUCUGGAUUGCACAUUGUGCCAAAGCGAUUCAAGGUAAAGGGACCUCUAGCCGUUAGGUCCAGUUGCAGACAACUCUGGGGUUGCAGUGCUCAUCUUGCUUUAUUGGCCGAGAGAGAUGGCGUACAGCUUCCGGGUCAUGUGGCCAGCAUGACUAAGCCGCUUCUGGCGAACCAGAGCAGCGCAUGGAAAUGCCAUUUACCUUCCCGCCGGAGCGGUACCUAUUUAUCUACUUGCACUUUGACGUGCCUUCGAAGUGCUAGGUGGGCAGGAGCAGGGACCAAGCAACGGGAGCUCACCCCGUCGCAGGGAUUCAAACCGCCGACCUUCUGAUCGGCAAGCCCUAGGCUCUGUGGUUUAGACCACAGUGCCACCCGCAUCCACUAGCAAGGUCUAGUGAUUCUUGUUCUUGUUGUUAAGGUUUAGUCGUUUCCGAUUCUUCGUGACCCCCUGGACCAGAGCACGCCAGGCACUCCUGUCUUCCACUGCCUGCCGCAGUUUGGUCAAACUCAUGUUGGUAGCUUCAAGAACACUAUCCAACCAUCUCGUCCUCUGUCAUCCCCUUCUCCUUGUGCCCUCCAUCUUGCUUAAUGUUCAUAAUAUUGCAUUUGCCAGUCCAUUGCCCUCCAGAUGCUUUGAACCGCAACUCCCGUCAGCCCCACCUUUCACGGCCACACUCACGCCAGCCUAGGCAUGAUAUGUCCCUGCUGGCAAGGGCUGAUAGGACUUGUAGUCCAAAACAUCAGGAUGGCACCAGGUUGGCAAAGACUGCUGUAACGUGAUGGCUCCCUACUGUCCCUUCUCAAGAGAAGACUCCCUUAUUCUAGCAAUCAUUCUCUCUAGCUGUCAUCUCAGAUUAGGACUUCUCAGCUGAUGCCCCCGGUCACCUUCCUUCCUCAUAUCGGAUUGCAGCGCUUUGCCCUUCUCGGCUGUCUCUCCCCUGCUCACUGGCUGCGCCUCUGACCCAAACUGGAAAGCAGGGCUGCGAAGCGGUUGUGGAGCUGGAAUCUCUCCAAGUGGACUGGUCCAGUCCCAGAGGCAGCAUCGUUCUUCCCCCCCCCAAAAAAAAAAAGUUAAUUGGUUUUCACAACAUUAUAAACAAACACAUAAGACAAACAAACAUAAAUCAUAGCCUUAUUGAAAAUUACACUUAUUAACAUUGUUAAGUGACUUCCUCGCUUCCCCUUGGUUGAAUUUCAUUGCAUAUCCUUUUAACGGUUUUCGAAAUCACAGUUCUUAUAAAAUUUAACUUAAACAUUAACAUCCUUAAAUCUUCACAUUAUGAAAUUAAACAUAUUAAUUCAUCACUUAACAUAAAUAAAAUCCUAAGCCAGUUAAGUAUCUGCAAGCUGUUUUCAGUUAAUUUAACUUAACAUAUUUAACUAAUCCACUCUUCCUGAUACUCCUCCUCCUUCUGGUCACGGACUCUUCCGGUUAGGUCGGCUAGCUCCGAAAAAUCCAUCAUCUUCAUCUGCCAUUCUUCUAUCGUUGGUAAUUCUUGGGUUUUCCACAUUUUAGCUAACAAAAUACGAGCAGCAGUUGUGGCAUACAAAAAUAAUUUAACAUCUUUCUUGGGCAAUUCCAAACCUGUUAUUCCAAGAAGAAAGGCCUCUGGUUUCUUUAUAAAUGUAUAUUUCAGCAUUUUUUUCAAUUCAUUAUAAAUCUUUCCCCAGAAGUCUUUCACCUUGGGGAAGGUCCACCACAUAUGAUAAAAGGUUCCUUCCUUUUUUUACAUUUCCAACAUAAAUUGUCACAGUUAUGAUAUAUCUUUGCUAAUUUUACAGGAGUCAAAUACAAUCUGUACAUCAUUUUCAUUAUAUUUUCCUUUAACACAGUACAUGCGGUGAACUUGACCCCUUUCUUCCACAAUCUUUCCCAGGCAGCAUCGUUCUUAACAACUAAGUACUGCAACGAAAGGUUGCACAGGAUUUGUUGCUAUUCCUGAAUGCCAGCCUGCUAGCCGUGGCUUUAGAGAAGGGGUGGAGGUGACCAAAACAGCUCAGCAGCGGUGGCAGCAGCAACUGCCAGAGUGUAAAACCCAACUACAGGGCUGUUGUGUUGCAAUUGGGCAAGGAAGGGGGUGUGAGAGGCUCUCUUGAGCAUCUUUCUCCCCGCAUGCUUUCUCCACAGACAUCUCCUCCCUUGGGAUGCAAUAAGCUGUGAGGGGUUUGAGUGAGUCACUUCACUCUCGGCCUCUCAGAUUCCCUGUUUUCUUUUCCAGCUUAACAAUCAAGAUUCCAUGGCUCCUGGGACCAGUGAGCCUGCUCAGCCCCAUUUUAGAGAUCUUAUAAUAAUAAUAAUUUUUAUUUAUACCCCGCCCUCCCCAGCCAAGGCCGGGCUCAGGGCGGCUAACAUGCAAUAAUAAAAACAAGUUGAAUGAAUACAACUUAAAAGCAAGAUUAAAAUACAACAGUUAAAAUAUUGAAACAUUAAAAUAUUAAAAUGCAGUCUCAUCACAGGAGGAGAAAGGAAAAAGGAAAAAGAAAGGGGGAGGGAAUCAAAUUGGCUCCAAGCCACAGGCCAGGCGGAACAACUCUGUCUUACAGGCCCUGCGGAAAGAAACCAGAUCCUGCAGAGCCCUGGUCUCAUGAGACAGAGCGUUCCACCAGACUGGGGCCAGUGUUGAAAAGGCCCUGGCUCUGGUUGACGCCAAUCUAACUUUCUUAGGGCCCGGGACCUCUAGGGUGUUGUUAUUUAUGGUCCUUGAGGCUCUCCAUGGGGCAUACCGGGAGAGGCGGUCCCGUAGGUACGAGGGUCCCAGGCCGUGACUUCUGUACACUGGGAGGUUCCCACCCCCAGCACACACACACAGAAAAAUACGUGAUUCCUCCCAUCUUCUCUCUCAUUGACUCCAUUUUUUUACAGCAUGGGGACACUGAAGGUUGAUAAACACAGCGCCAGAGAGAGGCCCUUGUGGUGGGUUUUGAGGAGGAAUUUGUAGAGAAAAUGCAUAUUAAGCUUCUAUGCCUACAGCUCCUUAGUUUUUUUAUCAUGAUUCCAACUCUGAAUGCCAGGACAAGAAAGGGGUGGCAGCGGAGAAUGGAGAGAGAGAGGAAAAAAAGAGACGAAAGAGGUUCCUUUGUUCGUUCCAGAAAAAGAAGUAAUAAGACAACAGUGGUAUAUGAAACCUUCGGAAUCUCUGGAUUUUAUGUGGAAUUAGUUCCCACGUUCCACAGCAAGAGAAGCUGAAUUGCAAAUACAGUGGUGCCUCUGUUUUCGAGUGUCUCAGAAGCCGAACGUUUUGGUUUUCGAACGCCGAAAACCCGGAAGUAAUUGCUUCCAUUUUUGAACGCGCCUCGGAAGUCAAAAAGCUUACAUUGCGUGUUUUUCAGUUUUUCCAAUUGAACUUGCAGCCAGCCCUUUGCGCCUCGGUUUCCGAACAUUUUGGAAGUUGAAUGGUCUUCCGGAAUGGAUUAUGUUCCAAGGUACCACAGUAUAUAUAUAUAUAUAUAUAUAUAUAUAUAUAUAUAUAUAUAUAGCCCUGCACUUCAGCAAGUUGGGUCACUGGGCCAUCUCAUCCUGUGCUCAGACUGACAGUGGCUCUUCAAAACAUAAGUCAAAUGACUUUCCUGCUACCCAGGAGCAGAAGAGCCCUGUAGCUGAAUCAGGCCCCUCUAGUCCAGCAUCCUGUUCUCGCGGGGCCAGCGAGGUGCUUCUGGAAAUCCCCCAAGCAGGGCCUGAGUGCAGCAGCUCCUCUACUCUUGUGACUUCCAGCAACUGGCAUUCAGAGACACGCUGCCUCCUGACGGUGGAGAGAGAAGACGUCCAUCUUUGAUAGCCAUAUCUCCCACCAAUUUGUCUCAUCUUUUAAAGCCAACCAGAUUGGUGGUCAUCGUCACAUCCUGGUGGGAGUGAGUUCCGUAGGUUAACUACACGCUGUGUAAAGAAGGGCUCUCUGUUGUCUGUCCUGAAUCUCCCAACGGUCACCUUCAUUGGAUGAAGUGGACGUGGCGUUCUCUGAAAGCGGGAGCUCUGUGACCCCUUCAGACACUCACUUGCUGCAAUCUUUCCAUAGCCUUGGGCCUCUUCCCCGUUUGGUCUGUUUUCAGGUCUGAUUCAGUGCUGAAUCAAGAUGCCCUUUCGCCCCUCUGUGUUGAAGCUCACCUACUUUCUUGAUAUCCUUUUAUAAUUUAGGGUCUCAGGGAGCCAGCUCCAUUUUCCGAUGAGCUUGAAGUGGACUACAGCAAGCCAUACAUCCGAGUAACGUUUGAUGAAGCAUUAAGGGGGACGCCAUGUAAGUACCAUAUUUUUCGCUCCAUAGGGCGCACCUAGUUUUUAGAGGGGGGAAAUCAAGAAAAAAAAUCUUAUUUCCCCCCCAGCCCCAAAGAGCAGCGUACAGGCUGCGCGCAACCUCUCCCUGCCGGAGGGGUUGCGCGCGGCUAUGGCACAAGCCAAGGCAGGGAGCGGGAUGGAUCCCGCUCGCUGUUUUGGCUUCCUCUUUAGCCCCGCGCAACCUCUCCCUGCCGGAGGGGCUGCACGCAGCUAUCCCUGAAGCCUUCCGAGCGCAGCGCAAGUUCCCGCUGCGCUCCUCAGGCUUCGGGUUCCUUUUGCUGAAGCCGGGAGAGCAAGACUCUCCUGGCCUCAGCAAAAGGAACCUGAAGCCUCCAGAACGCAGCGGAAACUUGUGCUGUGCUCCAAAGGCCUUCAGGCGGCUAUCCCUGAUGCCUGGGGAGCGAGAGGGGUCGGUGUGCACCGACGCCUCUCGCUCUCCAGGCUUCAGCGAAAGCAAUGGGAAGCCUCCAGAGCACGGAGGGAGCGCUCCCUCUGCGCUUCGGAGGCUUAGCGUUGCUAUCGCUGUAGCCAAGGAGCCUGCAUUCGCUCCAUAGGACGCACACACAUUUCCCCUCAAUUUUUGGAGGGGAAAAAGUGCGUCCUAUAGAGCGAAAAAUAUGGUAAUUCUCAAAGCGCCCAGUUUUGAGUAAGUGGGGAGAGGGAUUUAUUUCGGUCCAGCCCCUCUCAGCAGUGACUUGAAGGAAUCUGUGGUUUAUAGAAAUGAUGAUGAUGAUUUACUUUUAUGCCCCACCUUCUCCAAGGAGCUCAGGGUGGGGUUACAUAGUUCUCUCCCUCCUCAAUUAAUCCUCACAGCAACCCUGUGAGGUAGUUUAGCCUGAGAGGCAGUGACUGGCACCCAAGGUCACCCAGUGAGCUUGAUGGCUGAGUGGGGUUUUGAACCCUAGUCUCCAAGGUCCUACUCCAGGGGUCAGCAACCUUUUUCAGCCAUGGGCCGGUCCCUCAGACCUUGUAGGGGGCCGGACUAUAUUUUGAAAAAAAUAAAUAAAUGAAGAAGUUCCUAUGCCCCACAAAUAACCCAGAGAUACAUUUUAAAUAAAAGCACACAUUCUACUUACGUAAAAACACCAGGCAGGCUCCACAAAUAACCCAGAGAUGCAUUUUAAAUAAAAGGACACAUUCUACUCAUGUAAAAACACGCUGAUUCCUGGACCGUCCACAGGCCGGAUUGAGAAGGCGAUUGGGCCGCAUCUGGCCCCUGGGCCUUAGGUUGCCUACCCCUGUCCUACUCCAACCCAAACCACUACAUUUAUUAUAAUCCCCUCAUCUUUCCACCCAAUCCCCUUCUCCACCCCGUCUGGGUGGGUGCCAGCUGAGAGGUCCAUAUAUAUAGCAAAACACAAUAGCUGCUCCCUCACUCGCUCAUUGUCCCUAUCAAGGAUGCUGUGAUCUCAAAGGGCUAUAUUUAAUUCUUAUCGAAACGCCCUUCUGGAUCUAUCAAAACUGGAGCAGCCUUUAGCAAGAUGGGUUUUUCUUUUCUUUUCUCUGCCCUCCCAGCUUCCUUCUCAGCAGAGAUUUGCCCUCCUAAUCCCCAGUCAAGAGUUCAGGAAGGCAAAGGGAGGGUUUGCCUCUGGGCUUCCUUCUGCUGACGUGAGUGCAAAGUGCAGAGCCCCACCUCACAAUGCAGCUGCGACAUCCCCUUAAUCUCUCUGCUAAUAUCUGCGAAGUCAUGGGAGGUGAGGCUGAGCUUGCCCUUUCAGUCUAUCAGAUCAGAGAGCGGCUUUGUGGCCUCAGCAGGUGGGCGGUGCCUGGCUCCUGUGUACCCGAGAGCAAGGAAAAGGCCGAGGAUAGGGGAGAGCAGGCAUAAAGGCAGAAGAGGCCAGUCGCUCAGAGAAGCAAGCAAACCUUCUGAAAGGUCAUGGCUUGACCUGGCCUAGCCUGUUGGUGAAAGGAAUUCUAGUUGGAUGGGUCCCCCAAGGGUCAUCUAGUCCAACCCCCUGCAAUGCAGGAGGCUUCCUUGGCCAGUUUCCCUCCUGCUCCUUUCUUUGGCUGGUUAUCUCCCGCUUGGACUACUGCAAUGCGCUCUACGUGGGGCUACCUUUGAAGGUGACCCAGAAACUACAAUUAAUCCAGAAUGCGGCAGAUAGACUGGCGACUGGGAGUGGCCACUGAGACCAUAUAACACCAGUCCUGAGAGAUCUGCAUUGGCUCCCAGUACGUUUCCGAGCACAAUUCAAAGUGUUGGUGCUGACCUUUAAAGCCCUAAACGGCCUCGGUCCUGAAUAUCUGAAGGAGAAUCUCCACUCCCAGCGUUCAACCCGGACACUGAGGUCCAUCUCCGAGGGCCUUCUGGCGGUUUCCUCCCUGCGAGAAGUGAGGUUACAGGGAACCAGGCAGAGGGCCUUCUCGGUAGUGGCACCUGUCCUGUGGAACGCCCUCCCACCAAAUGUCAAGGAAAUAAGCAGCUAUCUUAUCUUUAAAAGACAUCUGAAGGCAGCCCUGUUUAGGGAAGUUUUUAAUAUUCAAUUCAGUAUUGUUUUUAACACUCGAUUGGGAGCUGCCCAGAGUGGCUGGGGAAACUCAGCCAGAUGGGCGGGGUAUAAAUAAUAAAUUUAUUAUUAUUAUUAUUAGGCCACAGCUGGGCAGUGGCGCACAGGGUGAAUCCCUGCCCGUCACCCCCAAGGUCCCCCGUUCAAGACCAUUUGCAGAGCACAGAGUUAAUCUUUGGAACUCACUCCCCCAGGAGGCAGGGAUGCACACCACCUCGGGUGGCUUUAAAAGGGGACUCAGCCAAUUCAUAGAGGAGGGUCAGGCUCUCAAUGGCUGCUAGUCACAAUGGCUCCAGUCCGCCUAUACUGUUGGAGGUGUCAUGGCUCAAAAUGACAGUUGCCCCUGCUCUCGGAUCCUGCUUCUGGGCUUCACACAGGAAUCUGACUGCCACUGUCAGAACAAGCUGCUGGACAAGAGGGGCCGCUGGCCUGAUCCAGCAGACUUCCCGUACAUCCUUAUCUGCAGGCUCCAGGCUUGAUAAACGGCCCUGAUUUAGCCUUGAACUGGGGGUCACAGGCAGUUUGCUGCUUUGGGCAAUGUUCAUUUGUACAAACAUAAGGAGAGCCUGCCAGGUCAGGCCAAAGGCUCACCUAGUCCGGCACUCUUCGGACAGUGCCCAGUCAGAUUCCUGCGGGAAGCCCACAAACAGGGCCUGGGAGCAGGAGCAACUCUUGCGUCCCGGGGUUCCCAGCAACCGGCACCCAGCCAACGGCCGAGGAAGAACAUAGGCAUUGUGGCUACUAGCUCUUGGUAGACUUAACUGGCAUGCAUUUAUUCACCAUAUUUUUCGCUCUAUAAGACGCACCAGACCAUAAGACGCACCUAGUUUUUGGAAGAGGAAAACAAGAAAAAAAAUAUUCUGAAUCCCAGAAGCCAGGACAGCAAGCGGGAUCACUUUGCUGCAAUCCAGCUGGCUGUCCUGGUUUAUGGGAUAGCCGCGCACAGCCUCUCCCGGGCAAGGGGAGCCUUCAUCCCCCUUCCCGGGAGAGGCUGCAUGCGGCUAAGGCUCCCCCAAGAGCCACGCUCCACGUGGCUCUUUAAAGGGAGCUUUUACUUUUUAGGUGGGGGGAAGUGCGUCUUAUAGAGCUAAAAUACAGUAAUCCUUAUUUAUAGCCAGGCGGCCAUCACUGGGUGGCUGUCACUGACUCUAUAGGAAUUUGGUCAGUCUCCCCCAUUUCCUCAAGGCAUGGAUCCCUCUUGCACAUGGAUAUCCUUCCUGCGCAUGUUGGAGCCGUGAGAAGGGGGUGGGGGGUCGAGUUUACAGCAGGGCGGAGUUGCUCACAAUUAUGCUGGUUCCAAAAAUCCCUGCGCCAUGUUGAACCUGUUUUUCCAGGUGUUAUUUCAUAUGCUGAGAUUUCCCUGGAAAAUGCCUAUUUGAGCAGAUCUCUCGUGACCAGUGAAAAUCUAAUCGGUGCCAGAAAGUCAUUACAGCCAAGGGGGUCCUUAUUGCUGAUGCACCAAGGAGCUGAAGCUGGAGGAGGAGGAGUUUGGAUUUGAUAGCCCGCUUUUUCACUACCCUAAGUAGUCUCAAAGCGGCUCACAAUCUCCUUUCCCUUCCUCCCCCAUAACAAACACUCUGUGAGGUGAGUGAGGCUGAGAGACUUCAGAGAAGUGUGACUGGCCCAAGGUCACCCAGCAGCUGCAGGUGGAGGAGCGGGGAAGCGAACCCGGUUCACCAGAUUACGAGUCUACCACUCUUAACCACUACACCACACUGGCUCUCCAGUGAUUAGAGAUUAGGGAAGUCUCCUUGCUCGCCUGUCCUGAUUGAUUGCUGCUACUUUUGCAAAUGCUCUGGAUCUGAUUGUGUCAUUGAGUUGGAAAGGACCCCCGAGGGUCAUCUAGUCCAACCCCCUGCAAUUGCAGGGAUCUCAGCUAAAGCAUCCAAGACAGACAGCCAUCCAACCUCUUCUUAAAAACCUCCAAGGGAGGAGAGUCCCAAGGGAGACAAUUCCACUGUCGAACAGCUCUUGCUCUCCUUGGGAAUCUCCUUUCUUGUAACUUGAAGCCAUUGUCAUUGUGGAUUUGCCUGCAACCAGGAACUCUGAGGACUUGAACAAAGGAAGCUGUGCUUCAAGUCACUGCAAAGAGAACCACUCUAGUAGACAGAAUCUUUUAUUUGGGGUUGGAACAGGCUCUUGUGGAAGCCUUAAAGCACCUCACUAACAAGCUUUUCCUUUCUCCUCUUCUUAGUGGACAGACCAGUCAGGGUUUACGCCGACGGAAUAUUUGACCUUUUCCACUCUGGGCAUGCACGGGCCUUGAUGCAGGCGAAAAACCUCUUCCCAAACACGUACCUGAUUGUAGGGGGUAAGGCAGAGCUCCUUUGACUCCAUAAACAUUUUGGAGGAAAGCUACCUGGCUGGGGGAACCACGCAUUAUAUGUAACAAGCAGGUAGAGAGAAUUUUUUCCUUCCUCUCUCAUAAUGCUAGGACUUGGUUAGAUUCACCCAGGGAUCUUGAUUUGGCAGAAGAUUCAGAGCAGACAAGAGAAAGUACUUUUUUCCCUGGAGGAAAAACAUGGCCCAGAAGACAGCCAAGGAGGCUUGUCUAAAACGUAGGACCCCAGAGAGUGUUAAGUUGAAACUGAUCGAACCCACAGCUGAUCUGUAUCACCUGUGCAGAAAAAAUGAACAAGUCAGUAUAUGUUCCAUUGCCAUUUCAGAGCAAUUUAGGUUUCAUUCCAUUAAAGUGUGUCCAAUACGAAAGUGGGCCCCUCUCUAAGUUGCCAUCAUGGCAGUCAUGUGUUGGCUAUAUUGGCCUGUCUUUAUGCCCUACUGCCUUUUAUCUGUUCCAUUUGGCCAGAUGUCACAAGGGAGGCUGUUCCCUCCCUGGGGUCCAGAUGCCAAGCAAAGCUUCCUUCUUCCUUUUCCUGGGAUACUGUCUUGACUUUGUAGCGUUUUAGCAAAGGUUUAUUGUGCAGUUAGCUCUCUGUACAGUUUAUUUCUGAGUAUUUCUUAAAGUAAUGCAUACUGCCAUUCCAAAAAGUGCCAUUCCUUGUGUACAGGCUUGUGGAGAUUUCUGAAAAAGCAAAACUCAGCCCUUUGUCCCAAGAAGUGUUGCGGGAGGGAAGGUGUUGAUGUGAGCAUGUGCACUUUGUUUCAGCCGGAGAUGUAGUUUAAGGGGUUAAGCCAAAACAGUAGAAUCGUGGAGUUGGAAGGGACCCUGAGAGUCAUCUAGUCCAACCCCCUGCGAUGAAGGAAUCUCAGCUGAAGCAUCCAAGACAGAUGGCCAUCCAAACUGUGCUGGAAAACCUCCAAGGAAGGAGAGUCCACAACCUCCAGAUUAAAUCCAUUCCACUGACAAAUAGCCCUCACUGUCAGAAUGUUCUUCUUCUUACAAGAAUCUACUUUUUUGUAACUUGAAUCCAUUGGGUCAGGUCCUAUCCUCCAGAGGAGAGAACCAGCUUGCUCCAUCUUCCGUGUGACAGCCCUUUAGAUAUUUGAAGACGGCUAUCAUAUCUCCGUCUCCUCUUAUCCAGGCUAAACAUACCCAAUUCCCUGGGAAGGUGCCAUAUCCUGAAUCAGACCUAGUUUUGGCAGAAUUUGUAUCUUACCUAUUCUCCCAAGUAACUCUUUAGAUAUCCAAAUGGCAUCAAUUUUACUGGCGGAUUUAUUUGGAUCUGAAAAAUAAGUAUAGUCCCUUUCUGUUAAAUGUUUAAAUCUCCAUGCAUCUUUUAUAUCCCUAUUUUCUACCAGUUCAAAAAAACUACGUGGCAGCUUUCCUUCUUUUUCCCCUCUCUGUCCUAUUGUUCUGUCCAUCUCAGGGUUUGUUACCCCAUUUAAAUCUCCCAUGAAGAUCAUUUUUUUCUUCUGUGUAUUCCAGCAACCUUUUUCCUAGUUCUUUGAAGAAUUCUACUUUUUUUUUUCAUUGGGUGCAUAUAUUGCAACUGGAAUAAUUACUUCUCCUUGAUUUUUAAUUCUAAUUAUUAUUAUUCUCCCACUGGAGUCUUUAUGUACGUAUCCUGAAUCAGACCUGUGGUCCAUCUAACUCAGUACAGCCUACACUGACCAGCAGCAGCUCUGUGGGGUUUUCAGGCAGGGGGUCUCUCCCAGCCCCCUGAUGUCAGGGCUUGACCCCGGAACCUUCUGCAUACAGCACAGAUGCUCUGUCCCUGAGCUGCAGCCCUUUCCUAGAUGGCACUGUGACGCCACGGGGUGUUCUCGGCAGGAGCUCCAGGGAAGAGGCGCCCCAGCGAGGACGGGCAGGGUUGCUUAAGAGGCUCAGAGCUCACGUUCUCACCCCGUUGCCCUUUCCACGAUUGCAGUCUGCAGCGACGAGCUGACGCACAACUUCAAGGGCUUCACGGUGAUGAACGAGGCUGAGCGCUAUGAUGCCGUGCAGCACUGCCGCUACGUGGACGAGGUGGUGAGGAACGCCCCCUGGACGCUGACGCCCGAGUUCUUGGCUGAGCACAGGGUAAAAGAGCCUCUGUGAAAGGUGGUUUGGAGGGAAGGGGGCUGGGUCCCUUGUAGCUCUUCCAGUUCUUAGCCUUACGGCCAAGUGGGAUUCUCUGAGCCGUGGCAAAAGGAAGAAGAGUUUGGAUUUGAUAUCCCGCUUUAUCACUACCCCAAGUAGUCUCAAAGCGGCUAACAAUCUCCUUUCCCUUCCUCUCCGACAACAAACACUCUGUGAGGUGAGUGAGGCUGAGAGACUUCAGAGAAGUGUGACUCGCCCAAGUUCACCCAGCAGCUGCAGGUGGAGGAGCGGGGAAGCGAACCCGGUUCACCAGAUUACGAGUCUACCGCUCUUAACCACUACACCACACUGGAGCCAGACUCCAUUCCUCCUGCCCUCUGAUGGGGGACACCCUAGAGACCUGGCCAGUGGCAGCACAAUGGGCUGAAAGGCCUUCCCUGCUCCGUGUCUUUUUGCCUGUCCCUGCUUGGUGCCCUCAUCUACCAGGUCAUGGGUUGUGCCGCAACCUCUUCUCUGCUACCCAGACUCCGCUGUUUUGCUAAUGGCUAUUGCUGUCCGAUCCCACAGAUCGACUUUGUAGCCCACGAUGACAUCCCCUAUUCCUCGGCCGGCAGCGACGAUGUCUAUAAGCACAUAAAAGAAGCAGGUGAGCUUGUGUCUCUGCAGUGGAACCACCCAGCCCUCCCGCGAUGCCCUCUGGGAGGCUUGGGGCUGGCUCCCCUCCAGGCCAGUGCUGUGCAGAGCCUGUUCAUUUCCCUACAUGCUUCUAGAGCAGGCUUUCCCAAUCGUGAGUCUCCAGCUGUUGCUGGACUACAACUCCCAUCAUCUCUAGCAAGCAGGGAUAAUUAUUAUUAUUAUUAUUAUUAUUAUUAUUAUUAUUAUUUAUAUCCUGCUCUCCCCAGCCAAGGCCGGGCUCAGGGCGGCUAACAAGCAAUAAUAAAAACAAGUUGAAUGAAUACAACUUAGAAACAAGAUUAAAAUACAAUUAAAAUAUUAAAAUGCAGCCUCAUCACAGGAGGAGAAAGGAAAAAGAAAGAGGGGGAGGGAAUCAAAUUGGUGAGGCGGAACAACUCUGUCUUACAGGCCCUGCGGAAAGAAAUCAGAUCCUGCAGAGCCCUGGUCUCAUGAGGCAGAGCGUUCCACCAGGCCGGAGCCAGUGUUGAAAAGGCCCUGGCUCUGGUUGAAGUUAAUCUGAUUUACUUAGGGCCCGGGACCUCUAGGGUGUUGCUGUUUAUGGACCUUGAGGCUCUGCGUGGGGCAUACCGGGAGAGGCGGUCCCGUAGGUACGAGGGUCCUAGGCUGAUGAUGGGAACUGUAGUCCAAAAAGAGCUGGAGACCCAAGUUUUGGAAACCGCUCUAGAGGAUAGGACUGUCAGGGGCUGCUAGCCAUGAGGUCAGAGGCAGCAAUUCUUCUGAAUACCAGUUGCUGGAAACCACAGGAGGGGAGAGUUGCUCUUGUGCUUGAAUCCUGCUCGCAGGUUUCCAUGGAGGCACAGGUUACAGCCACAGCAAAGGUGGCAUUUUUCCAUCUCCUCUGUAUUAAGCAGUUGGUCCCUUACCUUUCUCGCCCUGAUCUGGCCACAGUGAUCCAUGCGACGGUCACCUCCAGGCUUGAUUAUUGUAACUCGCUCUACGUGGGGCUGCCCUUGAAGCUGACCCAGAAACUCCAGCGGGUGUAGAAUGCCGUGGCGAGACACCUUACGGGGUCCUUGUCGUGGGAUCACGUUCAUCCAGCGCUUUACCAACUGCACUGGUUCCUGUUGGAGUACAGGGUCAGGUUUAAGGUUCUGGUUUUGACCUUUAAAGCCCUAUGUGGCCUAGGACCCACAUACCUACAGGACCUCCUCUCCUGGUAUGCCCCAUGGAGAACCUUAAGGUCCACAAAUGACAACACUUUGGAGGUCCCAGGUCUCAAGGUGGUUAGAUUGGUCUCAACUAGGGCCAGGGCCUUUUCAGCACUGGCCCCGACUUGGUGGAAUGCUCUGUCACAAGAGACUAGGGCCCUGCAGGACUUGACAUCUUUCCACGGGGUCUGCAAGACGGAGCUUUUCCACCUGGCCUUUGGUUUGGACUCAGUCUGACCCUUCUGUUUCCCUCCCCUUAUGGUUUUGAUUUAUGGGCUACUUGUAAAAUGAGGCUGCAUUUUAAAUUGCAUUUUCACCUGUAUUUUAAAUUGGGGUUUUUUUCCUUUUAUGUUUUUAUUGCAAUUUUACUGGUGUUAGCCGCCCUGAGCCCGGCUCUGGCCAGGGAGGGCGGGGUAUAAAUAAAUUAUUAUUAUUAUUAUUAUUAUUAUUAUUAUUAUUAUUAUUAUUAGCAUCUGUUUGGCCAGUGUUGGACUAGAUGGGCCAUUGGAGAUCAGUGAAUUCAGGUGGGAGGGGAACACAGGGGCUGGGAAGCCCAAACCUGCUUCCUCCUCCUUUGUCCCUCCCCCCUUUCUCUUCCUCCCCACCUCACACCCCCAGUCUUUCUCAUCAUGCUAAUUGCAAGCCUCCAAAAAGGGUACAGGGCCUUUCCAGAUUGCAUCAUGGUGCCAUGUUUAUGGAGCCCUCUUGGGUCGACUGACUGCCCGCCCAACCCUCUCUCCAUCUCCUUGCAGGAAUGUUCGCACCGACUCAGAGAACCGAAGGGAUUUCCACGUCGGACAUCAUCACUCGCAUCGUCCGCGACUACGACGUCUACGCCCGAAGGAACCUGCAGAGAGGCUACACGGCUAAGGAGCUCAACGUCAGCUUCAUCAACGUGAGUCCAGGGACCCCCAAAUCCAGAUCUUGCCACCCAGAGAAACACAUUUCUGCAUCUGCUUUGAGUCUGUGACAGAGCGAGGGGUUUUCUGUGUGCAGAAUUUGGCCCUUCUGCAUGGUGCUGUCCCCAAGGCUGCCGUUUUUCAGCGGCUGCCACCAACUUAGCCCUAACCCGUGAUGACGGCCUCUCUCUGUUUUUGCAGGAGAAGAAGUACCACUUGCAAGAGCGCGUGGACAAAGUGAAGAAGAGGGUGAAGGACGUCGAGGAGAAGUCCAAGGAGUUUGUGCAGAAAGUGGAGGAGAAAAGCAUCGACCUCAUCCAGAAAUGGGAAGAGAAGUCCCGCGAGUUCAUUGGCAACUUCCUCGAGAUGUUUGGCCCCGAAGGAGCUCUGGUAAGUAGGCAGCAAGGUCAGACGCCUUCCGCUUCUCUGCCUAGUCUCAGGGCUUGCAUGCCCAUGGGGUUGCCUCUAGCUAUAAGCCCAGCUGCACUCUGCACGUGUGCCUGCGUCCUCUGCGCUGAACAAAGGCUGCACGUCCUACGUAGGCCUUUAGACCCCAAGGCCGCAGGUGGAGCCCCUCCUCUGCAUCCGCAGCAGCCCAGGUUUGGUCUUUGGCAUCUGAGGAUUGAGCAGCGUGGAGGAGCCGUGAGCAGCCCCUGGUGGGCGGGGCCAGGGGCAAAAGUGGGCAGGGCAACAGGUGUCACUCAAAGCCAGGACGCGUUCCACCCAGGCACAAAGGAGAACCAUUAAGGGGGUGUGGUCUGAGGACCAGGGGUGUGCUGGUCCCGUGGGUUACCCGAGAGGCGAGGUCCAAGUCCGGUCCGUGGUCAAAGGUGCAACGAGGAGGCAGUCCGUAGUAGCUGAAGCUGGGUGCAGGGCAGGGAGUUGGGUGAAGUCAGGAACAGGCUUGCAAGCAGGUAGCCAGGGCGGGUCAGGAGCUCCGGCAGGAAAGCAGGACAGAGUUCAGGCAGGAACUAGCAACCAACAAAGUUGCUCCCGCAACUUGUGGCUGGGGCUGGCCGGCUUUUAUCUGCCCCGAGGCAUAGGGCGGCCCCGAUCCUCUGGUGACUCGCCUCUCCUGGCCUGGAGGCGAGCACUCCUCCUGUGGGAACUUAAUUCUCUCUGCCCUGAGCCUCUCUAGCUCAGGAGAGGCUGGAGGGUUAUUGGACCCAGAGGCAACCCCAGCUUCCUCUGAUGGGGCUGAGAGUGGAGCACCUGCAGGCAAUGGGUCCUCCCUCACCUAGGGAGCCAGAGCAGACUCAGCUGAUGCCUGCACCUGAGGAUCCAGCACAGGUGAGGACCCUUCAGGCUCAAGCCCCAGCCCCAGCUCAGCUGGUUCUGGAAGCGGGGACUCCUGUGCAGGCUGGGAUCCCUCAGGUUCAGCAUCCGAGUCCGAAUCCCAGGCCAUCACAGGGGGUGUGGCUUGGCUGUCUUCAGCCUCUGGGACUGAGGCUCCCCACAUCCACCUGAGUUAGAAGGAUCUCAGAGGGGAGUGUGGAAGAGGCCCUGGUCAGCAGCUGCUAAGUCAGAGCAGACAAUACUGAACUGGGUGGGCCCCAGGAGAUCCAACUCGAUAAAGGGAGCCUUGUUGCACAUGCUAACAGCAAACUCAGCUGGCGAGUUCAGACAGGACAUUCCUGCAUUUUAGGGGGUUGGGCUAGAUGACCCUUGGGGUCCCUGCCUUGCACACUGAAAGUCUCAGGUUCAGUCCCCAACAUCAUCUCCAGCCAAAGGACUCCUGCCUGAACCUCUGGAGAGCUGCAGCCAGUACAGAGCCAGGUGAACUAAUGGUUUGAUGACUGGAUAAGUGGCAGGGGGCAGGCCUGAAACUUGGAGCCGGUGCAAGUCCUCUGCAUGGGAAGGACUCAGACCCAGCAGCAGAACACCUGCCUUGCAUGCAGAAGGCCCCAGGUGCAGCCCCCGCUAGCAUCACCAGGCAGACUUGGCAGAGACCCCUUCUCUGAAACCCUGGAGAGCCACCGCGGCUGGUCGGUGUGCCAGCGUUUCUCAGACCGGGUCCUCAGCUGUUGUUGAACUGCAACUCCCAUCAUCCCUGACCGCUGUUCCUGCUAGCUAGGGAUGCUGGAAGUUGUAGUCCAACAGCAGCAGGACCCACUGCUGAGCUAGGCGGACCACUGGGUCUGAUUCAUAAGGCAGCUUCCUCUUCUUAAUUCAAGUAUUCUUAAUGCGAGUUUUGCGGCAGGUUCCUGACCAGCGCUCUGCCUUUCCUCCCCAGAAGCACAUGCUGAAGGAGGGCAAGGGGCGGAUGCUGCAGGCCAUCAGCCCCAAGCAGAGCCCCAGCAGCAGCCCCACCCACGACCGCUCCCCCUCCCCUUCCUUCCGCUGGCCCUUCACUGCCCGGACGCCCCCCUCGUCUCCGGCCAACGUCCCCAGGAACAAGUCGGCGGUGGCCUAUGACAUCAGCGAGGAUGAGGAGGACUAG